CAAGAACAAGCUGGGCACGCUUGAGUCUCUGCUGCAGAAUCUGAACCUUGUGCUCAGGAGUCAGCUGACAAAGAGGAUGGCGGAGAGAUAAGGAGGAGACCAGCAGUGAGGGGGCUGGGCUUCUCUAACAGUGACAAAAGACAGCACUUUGAUCCGUGGACUUCAGUCUGGGUGAAGGAACCGCAGGGUCGGACAUUGCAGACCUGCUUAGAAAGCCGAGGGUGACCAUGACAAGCAUGGAUGAAAUGAGGGUGAAAAAAAGAGGGGAUGAGAGGAUGAUAUCAGGAGCAGAAGAGAAGGAGUCUCUGAUGAUGGAGCUGACUCGGCUGGUCCAGAAGACGGUGCAGGAGAGCAGCUGGUGGGAGAGGAGAGGAAUGGACUGUAGCAUCCUGGCCGCUGCAUUCUUGAGUCUGCCGGCUGCCUUCCUGCUGUUGGCGUCUGAACACUUCUUCUGGUUUCUUGCGGGUGUCCUGCUGAUGGGCUUGGCCCACAGCAUCAUCACCGUCAAGGGAACUCACCUGGCUAGCCAUGGGGCGCUGAGUGAGUCGCAGGCUUGGUCCAAGUUCUGGGCCAUCUUCUUCAUCGAGAUCUGCGGCUCGUUCUCAGCACAAGCCGGUGUCCACGGCCACAUCAAGAUGCAUCAUGCUCACACAAACAUCAUUGGCCUCGGAGACUCAAGUGUGUGGAAGGUACCGUUUCUGCCUCGAGUGGUUUACCUCUUCAUCGCCCCACUGGCUGUCCCCAUCAUCACUCCCAUUGUGGCCUUUGCUCAUCUAAGAAGACAACCUGCUGCAGUGGUUGUCUGGACCUCUCUCACCAUUGCUCUUGGUUUGGUCUCGCAGUUCUGGCUGCUCAUCAGUGUCUCUGGAUUUAGAUCCACCAGCAGUGCUCUGCUGUGUAUGCUGGUGUGUCGGGCCAUGUUCUCGGUGCCAUACAUCCAUGUCAACAUAUUCCAGCACAUUGGUCUUCCCAUGUUCUCACCAACAUGCCGCCCAAAGAGGAUCCACCAGAUGACCCACGGAGUCCUGAACCUUCCCAGGAAUGCCCUGCUGGACUGGACCUUCGGCCACUCGCUCAUCAACUGUCAUGUGGAACACCACUUAUUCCCAUUUCUGUCUGACAACAUGUGUCUGAAGGUGAAGCCCCUCGUGUCCAGGUAUCUGACCCAGAAGCAGCUUCCAUAUCAAGAGGAUAGUUAUCUAUCACGCCUUCGCUUAUUCUACCACAAGUACCAAGAGCUGAUGGUCUUCGCUCCUUCCAUCACUGAGCUGGUGGGCGUACAGUGACCUUCACAACAUGACACUGAUGAACUCUUUAUUACUGUUAUAUUUAAUACAUUUUAUCUCACUUUUUUCUAUGCUUCAAGCAUGUGUGGUCCAGAUUUUACUCCCUCCGAUCCAUUUCAGCUGAUGAGAAACACACAAAUGUAGUUGAAAUUCACACACAUGUGUAAGAGUAGAAUGGUGCCUCCACAUGAGAACAAAAUC